GGUUUCGCCUUGUGACGGGGCUGGAUGCCUUCUAUGUCGCCGGGCUAAGAAACAACCUGGAGAGUGGGACAAUAUAAAUUUUUUUCAAAUUCCCCCCAUUCUUUUUAUACCAGAAACGCUCUCUCAGGAUCUAUCGCGCACGUUGGCGUCAUCCACUGUGACAACGACCAGUUUAUGAUUGUGUGGAAGUGAAUUUUAUUUAUCACCAAAACAACAAUCGCCCGAGUGAUUAAAAACAAAUAUUCAAAUAAACUUGAUAAUCCAAAAUUUUUCACUCAUCUGAAAUUCUGGAGACGUCAAUGAGCGGUUGAGCCUCGUGUUCUCUCACUGACUCAUUAAUAAUUCAAAUCAGUUAUUCCCUCGCGUGAAUUUCGAAAUAGCGCGUGGGACAAUAGCUGGGGAAUGCGGGAAAUUGGAAAAAAAUAAAUAGAUAAAUAAUAAACGCAUGUAUCCACGGGGGAUUAAAAAAAAACGGAGCGAGUUCGUUCCCCCCUUGGAUCACGGGCCAUUCAACCUUGGCUCCAUGCAUCCAGUGCAGGAGAGAAGUUGCUGCGUGCUACGCGGUAACAGAUAGAAGGGAAAACGUGUGAGAAAUGCGGAAAAAAUUUGUGACAAAGUUAAACAGCCACUUGGUCCAGGGAAAAACGUUAUAGUGGAAUUUAUUAAUUUUUUUUUUCGCAACCUCUGGAGCUGUCCCUGGGUACAUCCACUGGUAUUAGUCGAGCAAUUUGUCGAGUAUUUCUUCAGGUGAUUUCUUCAGGUGACAGGAUAAAGUUAUAAAGAAUAAUUGCACGGGGCGAGGAUUGUUGGUAUCAGUAAGAAGUUGUUGGGUGUUCCUGGAACAACUGAGAAGUGGAAUUUGUUCACUGGAGUUUCGUUCCUGUCCAUUACCUCGACCACUUGGCCGCUGUGGCACACGGCAUCUUCAGCAAAACCUACGGGUACAAAUGUGAAUGUCGAAUAUAAAUAAUCGUAAUCGAGGGAAAACGGGCCGAGAAUGCCCUCGAAGAAGCAGUACAAUCUCGUUCACAACGAUGAGUAUGAUACCAGGAUCCCGCUGCACAGCGAGGAGGCCUUUCAUCGUGGCAUCGUCUUCCACGCUAAGUUCAUUGGGUCCAUGGAUGUACCACGACCCACUAGCCGAGUGGAGAUCGUGGCGGCGAUGCGACGGAUUAGAUACGAAUUCAAAGCGAAAGGUAUUAAGAAGAAAAAAGUAACUCUGGAGGUGUCAGUGGACGGGCUGAAAGUAACUCUCCGAAAGAAAAAGAAGAAGCAACAAUGGAUGGAUGAGAACAAAGCAUUCCAGAUGCACUAUCCAAUCUAUCGGAUAUUCUACGUUUCCCAUGACAGUCACGAUCUCAAGAUAUUUAGCUACAUAGCACGCGACGGCAACAGCAAUUCCUUCAAGUGCAAUGUUUUCAAAUCUAGUAAAAAGAGUCAAGCCAUGAGGGUAGUUAGGACGGUCGGACAGGCCUUUGAGGUGUGCCAUAAACUAAGUCUGAAUACAGCAUCCGAGGAGCGAGAUCAGGACAACGAUAAGGAGAGGGAAAGAAAUGACGAUCAUCUACCGCGUAGUGAAGAUUACGAGGACGAGAUGACGAAUGAUCGACAGCCCAUUAUACAGCCGCGUUCACCAUCGCCCAAUCUUCAUAAAGACAUAUCGAUCUUGGGGGAUGGUGAGGAUCCAGGACAGGAUCAGCCGACGGCCAUCACACCUUGUAUUAUCAGGACGCAUUCCUCGGCGUCGCCUAUCAGGCAAUCGCCAUCGGGAACAGUUCCGUCUGACUGCGGAGACAUCCUCCUCCUCGGUGGAAAUGAAUUAACUUCACUAAAACAUGAGAUACAAUUACUCAGAGAGCGUUUGGAUCAGCAGGGACAGCAGACCCGUGCAGCAGUGGCACAUGCCAGACUUCUUCAGGAUCAACUCGCUGCAGAAACUGCCGCAAGGGUCGAGGCACAAACGAGGACACAUCAAUUACUGGUGCAAAAUAAGGAGCUCUUAGAACACAUUGGUGCCCUAGUGAGUCAUUUGCGCGAUCAGGAACGUACAUCUGGUAUCCACGGUGUUGUACAGUCACAAGGUGCUCAAGGAACGAAUAAUCCCAUGAAUCAACAAUCACCAAACGUUCCCGACCUGUCCACUCUAGGCCAGUCUCACUCGAGGACGGGACAGGGUUCACCCUGGGAGCUGGAGCCACCCUCCUUCACUUACUCUUACACACCAGACCCUCUUUAUGGUACUGAGGGACUUGAAUUAGGGGGAUAUGGUGCCUCCAAUGAUCAAUUGCACUUUCAGACGCAGUUGCUUGAGAGAUUGCACAAUAUUAGUCCUUAUCAGACUCAAAGGUCGCCGUAUGCUACACCCUCGCCCUAUCCCAUGCCAGCUGCGAGCUUUCUACUCUCGCCUACGAGUAAACCAUCGAGUUCCCAGGCACCCUUGAGGUUGUCUCAAGCGAACAGCUUCGCGUCUUCCCCGGUGAUGCCUCAUAAAAUGCCAGGAUACACUUCCCAGUCAGAGGACGCCCUGUCCGACCUUCAUGCCCUGAUCAAACCUCUUCCCUGUACUCUCCCACGCCAGAGAAAUUCCCUCCACUUCGCGAGGGACACGCAAGACCCGAGACAGCAGAGGGCCAGCUGUCCACCACAGACGAUGGUCACCCUGGAUCCACCACCCCAGGGCAGAAAGACCGAGCAAAAAAAGCCACAGGACAGUCCCAGGCCGCAGGGAAGUCCUGCCCGAGACACCCCAACCAGGGAAUCCCAGUCUCUCGACAAAAAUAUACCCAAGAGCAGUCUCGCAACCAUUCUGCGAUCUCCUGGACCUCCACCUUCCAGGACAACCAGUGCUCGUCUUCCAGCGCGCAAUGACCUCAUCAGCCAAGUACAACGAAAGACCUGGGCGCGACACACGACCAAAUAGAAUGAACUAUUAAAUAGAAUACUUUAUUAAAACUGUUUCCAGUUCCAGGUUGUUUGGAAUACUUAAAGACUAAUUGCAAUAGGAUAAUUCAUCAUUUGUGUA